AUGGAGUUUUACGUGGGCAUCAUGCAGGCGAGGACCUUUGUUGGACACACCAGCAAUGUUAUGGCCGUUGGGUUUCAUGCUAAUGGCAAUUCGAUGUACUCAGGAUCAGAGGAUGGCACAGUUAGGAUCUGGGACUUGAGGGCUCCCGAUCCGCCACAGGAGUACGAACGGAAUUGCCUAAAGGCAUAUCAGCCCCAUGGAAGUGUUACCCCAAUUAACACAGUUGUUUUACACCCAAAUCAGAUUGAAUUGAUAUCUGGAGACCAAGACGGAAUUAUACGUGUUUGGGAUACCAGAAUGAAUGCAAUUACCAUUGAACUGGUACCAGAAGCUGAUACAGCUAUACAGUCUUUAUCGGUUAUGGGGGAUGGGACAAUGUUGGUUGCUGCUAACGACCGUGGCACAUGUUUUAUAUGGAACAUCUUGCGUGGAAAUCAGGUGAUGACUGAGUUUGAACCUAUUCAUAGGCUUCAAGCUCAUAAUACACACAUCCUUAAAUGUGUCCUGUCUCCUGGAAACAAAUAUCUAGCGACGGCAUCUUCCGAUAAAACUGUCAAGAUCUGGAAUGUCGAUAAUUUCACGCUACAUAAAAUCUUAACAGGACAUCAAAGAUGGGUCUGGGACUGCGCCUUUUCAGUGGAUGCAAAAUUUCUUUUUACAGCAUCAUCGGACCUGACGGCUAGAUUGUGGUCAGUGGAAGAGGGAAGCGAACUGAGAGUGUACCGAGGUCAUGGCAAAGCAGUUGUGUGUUGUGCACUCAAUGAUGGCUAG